AUGUCUUACGAUUUGUCUAGCAGGGACUGGAAUCCUCCAGGCAGAGGAGGCACGACAGAAGAGAAAUGCGUGCGGUGUCGGGAAUUGCAUCUCACGUGCAAUCACGAAUCACCUCGUAGCAAUUAUCGCAAUGCUCGAACGCCAGUGGAAUGCAGCUACACAGGGUCUCCGAUUAUCGUAUCCUCACCACCUACGGAGCCGUCUCCUAUUGUCCUGUCCUCAUCAUCUGCCCCGUCCCCACCACCUCCCCCGAGCGCUCGAGAUGCAGACGAUUUGCCGGUACCCGAACUCCAACUUGCAAGCCAAGAGGCAAGACAGAACCAGGCGCCCCGGAGACAUGUAAAUCGGGAACCCAGUGCCACCCCAGGUACACGGCGCAGGAGAGCACGGCAGACUCAGGUUCAAGUUCCCUGGUCGCGCAUUGGCAAUGACCAGAAGUUGUCGAAACCUCAACCUGCAGCAGAAUCAUCGAAACCUCAAUAUGCACGAAAGCAUUCAGAGAAGAUGCUUCGAUACUUUCGCCGAGAGCACGUGCCUGUGCCCAAACGCAGGCGUAAACGCAAGCCCUUGUGGAAAUGCGAACGGUGUCGAAAACUGUUUCUCCCGUGUAAUCGGGACAUGCCUUGCGGUAAUUGUAGCAGUUGUCCAGCGCCCGUGAAAUGCCGCUACAGAAGGUCGCCGCCACCUGAGGAUGCUGCGCCGGCACCCGCACCUAAACCCGCGCCAGAGCCAGAAUACAACUGGGCGAGGCAGGCGACUCUUUAUGACGCAGUUGCUGGUAAGUGCUACCCCCCGGGGUCCACCAAAUUUGAAAAGGACAUUGCUAACAUGUUAUCACCAGGUCGUUUAAGCCGCCUCGGAAACUUUCUUUACAACGAAACUGGCAAGCUUGGACGCUUUCGUGAUACGCCCAAAUGCCAACGCAUUGCGGGGCCAGAGGAGGUUGUCUUUUGUAGAGAAAGAAACCUGUCUAAGCGGGAAGCAAAAUGCGCAGCAUAUAUGGCGCACGAAAAUCUUCCCGCCGACUGUCCUUUGCCGAGCUCCGAUCUUCUCGAAACGAUUCACGCCUACACUGCCGACUUCUACAGAUAUGCGCUUUCCGAUGGCGGUCGAGGCAGCUACGGCAGCAUGGACGAAACCGCAUUAUUGGCCAUGGGGAUCUUGAUCGAAGAAUUGGCGACCGAGUCGCUCGGGAAACAGGGCUACCGAGCUUUGCUGGAGGCGGAACCCAAAGCAGGCGAAAUUUGCCAGCAAGCCGAUUACAUUCGAAGACCAGGUAGACGAGCACCACUGGAAGCAGCCAUCGAUGAACUGAAACGCAAGAAGAGCCACGAGCCGAGUCCCAAGGCGGAGAGCGUCAAGAGUCGUUCACGUAGUCGCUCGAGGAGCCUCGACUCCCCGGAGCCCAAGCGGCUCAAAUUGGACCAUGACCCGCCGGCGACUACUGUUGACGCCGUGAAAGAAGUUGAUUGA